ACAUAUGCAUCACCAUCCCCACUAUUCUUAUAGUUAACAUGGAAUAUGGAAUGACAGGGCGAAAGAUGAUUGCUGGAAGUAUGAUUGGGGGUAUGAAGGACACAGAAGAGAUGCUUGAAUUUGUAGUAAAACAUAACAUAAAAUCAGAUAUCGAGCUUAUUUUUAUACAAGAUGUGAACAAAGCAAUGAAACGUCUUGUGGANGAAUUUGUAGUAAAACAUAUCAUAAAAUCAGAUAUCGAGCUUAUUUUUAUACAAGAUGUGAACAAAGCAAUGAAACGUCUUGUGGAAAACAAAAUUCCAUUCCGAUUUGUUAUCUACAUAGGAAACACCCUCAAGCCGGCAGCGUAG